AUGGUUCGCAUUCUGAGCAGCAACUUCCAGGACUUUGCCGGCGCCUCGCGCCCCUUCAGAGCUGAAGCCGAACUUGACGAUCUGGAAGUGAAGGGGAAUAUUCCCCUCGAGCUUAACGGAACGUUCUACCGCGUGGCCCAUGACCCCUACUACGAGCGUGAUUUCUUCAUGAAUGGCGCCAAGACUACUUCUUUUGAUGCGGACGGAAGUAUCAGUGCCUUUCGUGUCCACAACGGAAAGGUUUCCUUUAAGCAACGCUACGUUUUAACUGAACGGUUCAUUGCGGAGCGUAAGGCAGGCAAGGCAUUGUUUGGUGUGAUGCGAAGCCCCUUCUCACACCACCCUUGCGUAAGGGCGAUGGAGGACAAUGUUGCAAACACAAAUGUCAUAGUUCACGCAGGCAAACUGCUUGCUCUUAGCGAGCACGGCGCCCCAUAUGAACUUGAUCCAAUGCACAGUCUGGAUACACGACAGGAACGGCGCAAAGAUUUACGAGCAGUCGUUUGA